AUGGCGCCCUCAAGGGAGCGAAGUCCCGAAGAGCGCACGCCGCUGCUGCAGGGCGUGACGGCCACGCACGGCGCCACCAGCACGUCCGACAAGCCGGCGGCCACGUGGAUGCCCGUGGACACACCCGGUCUGGGCGACCGCUGCCCGUCCCAGCUGUCGGGCUGCCUCAGCAAUGUCUUUUUCUCGUGGGUCACGCCCCUCAUGAAGCUGGGCAACGAGCGCCCGCUCGAGAGCGACGACCUGUUCCAGCUGGACCCGCACAACCGUGCGGCCAACGUGUCUCGGACGUUUGCCGAGGCGUGGGAGCAGCAGAAGCGCUCGAAGAAGCCCAGUCUCGUGUGGGCAAUCACGAAAGCUUUCGGCUUCAAGUUCGUUGUGGCCGGCGUGCUCAAGCUCAUCCACGACUCGCUGCAGUUCGUGGGGCCCAUGAUCAUCAAGAACAUCAUUGCGUACCUGAGCGACCCGACGGCGCCGCUGUCCGAGGGCCUCACGUACACUGGUGUGGUCUUCGUGUCCGGUGUCGUGCAGUCCUUUGCGCUACGCCAGUACUUUUUUUACUGCUAUGAAACGGGUCUGCAGUUUCGCAGCGCCGUGGUGACGGCCGUCUUUGAAAAGUCGAUACUACUGUCGGCUGCAGCCCGACAGCAGCGGACGUCGGGCGAGAUCACGAACCUCAUGUCCAUUGAUGCACAGCGUCUGCAGGACAUGACGCCCUACUUGCACGCUGUAUGGUACGCGGCGUUCCAAAUCACCGUGUCGUGUGUCUUGCUCUGGAAGCAAAUUGGCGUUGCCACGUUCGCGGGCGUCGCUGUGAUCUUGUUGAUGAUCCCACUCAUGACGUUCAUUUCGAAGGCCAUGCGCAAGCUGCAACAGCGCUUGAUGGAGGUCAAAGAUGAGCGCAUUAAGGUGUGUGUCGAGAUAUUGUCGGGCAUCAAGGUUGUGAAGCUCAAGGCAUGGGAAAACUCGUUUAGUCGGCGCGUGAUGAAUUUUCGCGAGGAAGAGCUGGCGCGUCUGAGAUCGUACGUGUUUGCACGCAGCGGGUCGGACACGAUUUUCAGCUUUAUACCGUCGCUCGUGACGAUCGUUUCGUUUAGCGCGUAUGUGAUCCUGGGCCAUACGCUGGACGUGGGCACAGCGUUGACAAGUCUGGCUCUGUUCAACAUCCUGCGCUUUCCAUUGUUCAUGCUUCCGCAGGUUCUGAACAAUGUGGUAGAGGCGAGCGUGAGUUUCGAGCGUCUGCGCACUUACUUUCUAGCAGAAGAGCGCAAAGUAGUGGGCGAGGGCGACCUGAAAGAGAUUGGCAUUUUGGUGCAAGAUGCGGACUUCAAAUGGGACGCAGCUUUGCCAGCUGGUAGCGACGAAACGAACGAUGACAUGAGGGAUGAAGGAGGAGCAUUGGUGACGUCUGUGGCAGAGGGUCCGAUACUCCACCACAUCAACUUUUCAGCCAAGGCUGGCGAGCUGCACGCAGUUGUGGGCUAUGUCGGCAGCGGUAAAUCGACUCUGUUGGCAGGCAUACUGGGCGACGCUCGUUGCAGCGUUGGCUCGGUGGCGAUUCGGGGUCGAGUGGCGUAUGUAUCGCAGCAGCCAUUCAUCCAGAAUGCUACGGUGCGCAACAACAUUACGUUCGGCCUUCCGUUCAAUGCUGACAAGUACGUGGAAGCUCUGCGCGUGAGCUCGUUAGCGGAGGAUAUAAGCAUUCUACCUGCCGGAGACCGCACCGAAAUUGGUGAGAAGGGCAUUAACCUUAGUGGUGGACAGCGCACGCGUGUGGCUAUUGCUCGUGCCGUGUACCAAGAUGCCGACAUCUACCUGCUGGAUGAUAUUCUGUCCGCAGUUGACAGCCACGUAGGAGCUGACAUAUUUCACGAAUGCAUCAAAAAGACCUUGAAGGACAAGCUUGUAGUGCUGGUGACGCACUCGCUGAGAUUUCUCGGUCAGUGCGAUGAGAUCACCGUGAUCGCCAACGGAAGAAUCGCCGAGCACGGAUCGUACAAAAAACUGAUGUCGAGGAAGAAAUUGCUGGCUCAUAUGGUGUCGAACUACACUGAGAGCGAGAAAGAGGAGGACAGUGAGCAUUUGGCGGCAGAGGAUAUCGAUGACGUGAAAGUGGAGUCGUGUGAUGAGAAGCCGGAGACUACCGGCCGCAGCAAGUCGAGCGCGAGUGGUGUGCUUUGCCGUUCCCGCGUGUCGUCGGUGUGGAGUGAAGACAGUCAAGUUGCUGCGGGAAAUGGAGGCCAGCUGAUUGUCAAAGAGGACCGCUCCGUGGGCGACGUGUCGUGGUCGGUGUACGGUGUGUGGGUCAGCGCUUUCGGUGGCACGCGUGCUGCUUUCGUGGUCGUGCUAGCUUUCUCUGUUGCUCAAAGUUUGACCGUGUCGGCGACGUUGUGGAUUUCUUACUGGUCCGAGCAGGCGACGAAGUAUCCGGACUCGCAACUGUACUACGUGUACGUGUACGGGCUGAUAAAUAUGGCGUUCGUUGCAAUGCUGUUCGUUCGUGUGGCUCUCUUGUAUUUGGGCUCGCUCCACGCAAGCCGCCUGCUUUUUGACAAGCUGCUAAACCGUAUUUUGCGUGCGCCGACCUCUUUCUUUGACACAACGCCGCUCGGUCGCAUUGUGAACCGCUUAUCGAAAGACGUUUAUACACUGGAUGAAUCGAUUCCCGGCACGCGGUACUUCAUAAAGACUUCUCGCGAGCUGCAGCGCCUGGACUCCAUUAGUCGUUCUCCGAUCUUUGCGCUGCUGUCGGAAACACUGGAUGGUCUCUCAACUAUACGAGCUUUUGGUGUGGAAAAAAGUUUCAUCGAUCACAAUAACUAUCUCUUGGACAACAACCAGCGCGCAUAUUUCCUAAACUUUACGGUGAACUGCUGGCUGGCUCUACGCCUGGAGUUCGUCGGUACGUGUAUUGCGACUGCUGCUGCGCUUACAGCUGUCCUAGCUCACGGCACAAAUGCCACUGAGGGCACCGCUUACGCUGGCAUUAUUGGCGUAUCGCUCGCGUAUGCGUUCACGAUCACUCAGCCGCUUAACUGGUCUGUCCGCAUGCUCAGUCAAUUGCAAACGCAAAUGGUGUCAAUAGAGCGCAUCCAGACGUACACGGAGAUUCCGAUCGAAGCUGCUUUGACGAGCAGUGCUUAUCAAAAACCGCCGCCAGAGUGGCCAACAGCUGGUGCCAUCAGCUUCCAUCGCGUUGAUCUACGAUACCGUCCUGGUCUUUCACGCGUGCUUCGUAGUCUGACCUUCACCGUUAAUCCAAAGGAGAAGAUCGGUAUUGUGGGCCGAACGGGUGCGGGCAAGAGUAGCUUGAUUGUAGGUCUCAUGCGUCUUGUGGAGCUGGAUGCGGGCACCAUUACAAUCGACGGUGUGGACAUCAGCAAAAUUGGUUUGCACGACUUGCGUACCAAAAUUGCCAUCAUUCCGCAGGACCCCGUGCUGUUCUCGGGCACAGUGCGUUCGAAUCUCGAUCCGUUUGAUAAGUUCCCCGAUGAUGAGAUCUGGACGUCGAUAAAACGCGCAUCGCUACUGAAGGCUGUAACCUCGUUGGACUCCGCCGUGGACGAGAAAGGCUCAAACUUUAGUGUGGGUGAACGCCAGCUGCUCUCCAUCGCACGCGCGCUUCUGAAGCGGUCGAAGGUGAUCCUGAUGGACGAGGCCACUGCGUCGGUCGACCCGGAGACAGACCGGCAGAUCCAACAGAGUAUCCGCGAGGAGUUCCGUGAUUGCACUACGUUGACGAUCGCGCACCGCAUCAAUACCAUCCUGGACUCUGACCGCAUAUUGGUGAUGGAGAAGGGAUCAGUGGCUGAGUUUGGGUCGCCAACUGAGCUGCAGCGCAAACCAGACGGCAUUUUCAAGUCUCUUGUGGACGCCUGGCGCCGGGGCAGCGAGGCGUAG